AACGGGCGUCUAGGGCUACGUCUAGGGCUAUUGUCAGCAUCGGCCAUUUUGAAGUCGUGUCCGAAAUGACGUCUAGCGCUACGGUUAUGGCUACAACGUCAUCAAAAUCUAGCCGUGAAUUUUGUUGUCUACAUUGGCGCUAAAUUUCUAAACAAAAUGGCGACCGACAUGACCGAGACGGAAACAGCUGGUCGCACUGCUGCUGGUGGGAGUGUUUGUGUCAACGAGACUCACAAAUGGACUGAAGAUGAGUGCCGACUGUUUAUUCAGAUGCGUGAUAAGCACAACAUGAAAUUCAAAAGUGGCAAGCGAGGGGCUUCCCGUGAUGCUUUCACAAUAAUACUGAAAGAGAUGGAUCUUCUGGACAAGGUAACUCCAGAGCAAGCUCGCAAAAAGUGGACCAACUUGUCCCAGAAGUAUAAGGAACUGAAGCACCCACCGACUGGAACAGGAACUGAGGAGGGUGAAGACACACCAGUAUCCUGGUCAUAUUUCCAAGAUAUGGACAAAGUUUUAGGGGGGAAGACCUAUCAUUACUCCACCCUGUCUUGUCUCUUCUUUGGAGACAUUUCCAGAGGAGCAGGCUGCAUCCACUUCAGUCGAAGAGCAAAGUAAAGUAUCUAGUCCUCCGUCCAAGAAGAGAAAGAAUGCCAGCGAUGAAGUUAUCGAGAUGAUUAAACAGCAAAACUGUCUUUUGCGCAGUCAAGAAGAACAGAUACAAAAACAAAAUGAUGCUCUUAUUGGCCUCCUGGGGCGUCUUGUUACCGCAGUUGAAACCAAAGCCCAUGAAAAGUGAUUUACAGUUUUGGCUUUUCAUGCUGCCUGUCACAAAACUUAUGUCAAAUUUGGUUAUGAUUCAAACAGUUUCAAUUGGUUUUGUGGGUUGGGUGGACAACAUUUGUUUGGUACCACAGCCCCACCCAAAUACACUGUAAAAUUAUUUGGCACAAUAGUGGGCUUCAAUUGUCGAAUUUGAAUGUUUAUUUAUUCCAUUUUUAAUGUUCAUUUAUUCCAUUUUAAAAAAUGUUCUGCCAAAUGAAUAGAGCACCUCUAAGGUCAAACUAAGUUUUGUGAUACACUCAUUUUCAAAUAGAUAGAACCCUUAAUAAAAUGUGUACAAAAUUACAAGCAUCUAGCCUUCCAUGAAAGUGUUGUAAAUUGAAAUUUUAUUUGAUACCAUUUCAGUGCAAAAUAUUUUAACACAGUGAUGUCACAUUGUGAACAAACAUAAGUGGGUCUGUAAGACUUCAUACAAAUUUUCAACACAAUUUUUUUCAAUGCCAAUUCGAUUGAGCAUUAUGGAAAUUCAUGCACUAUAAAUAUACCCAUUCCCCGUACAGGGUAUAUACAGACCCACUUCUCAUGUUUGUUUACAACGUGACGUCAUUGUGCGAUAAGGUUUCACACUGAAAUUAUAUCAAAUAAAUUUACAGUUUUUACCACUUUUAUGUAAGGUUAGAGGCCUGUAAUUUGUCACAUUUUGUUAAGGGCUCUGUUCAUUGGGAAAUAAGUCAAUCACAAAACGUAAUUUUACCUAAGAGAUGCUCUUUAAUUGUUAAAAUUGUCAUCUAUUAAAAUUCGAAAAAGGUGGGGGGAAGAAUGACAACAUAUUUACACAUUAAAAUGUUACGUAUUUACAAAAAAAACAGUUUGAAAGCCUGUUAGUGUAGUAUUUUAAACAGCAGUUAUCUAUACAAUGUACUUUCAAGACCAGCUAAUAUAUUUAUUUUUAAAAGCAAGCCUUGGAUCUAUCAGGGUUUUGAAACAGAAAAAGCCCUCUUGAAAAUAUAAAUGACUUGUCUGGAAAAUAUAGAUUGUGGUGUGGCAAUAGCAUUUGUUUUUGGUCAUGCAUCGCAGGGUUAAUAAGUAAUUUAUAAAUACUCCAGACAGUUUCAAUAUUCCUAUUGGUGGAGAGCAUGUCAGGUGGGGGUGUUUUAACGGUUGAUAAAGGCACAGCUGGAGCUGUUUUUAACCAGUUUCGGAUAGCAUUUGUGCGGGUUAGCCCAUGGAUGCGAGGAUUUGUUACUAUGCGCACAAAUGCUAUCCGAAAACUGUCUCAUAAAAAUGCACCAUCACGUAACAGAGCUCGAGAACAUUGGAAAACAUAAGUUUUACAGAGUUUCCUACUUUAUUAUGCCUUUUAACCAAAAGGGAAUUUAUGAUUGGGAAUAAAAGAGUAGUGACUCAUUUUUAAACGGCCGUUUAAGACCUUGCAGGGCCCGGUUCGGCUUGGUCCUUUAUCACACGGCCACGACCCUGCCGGUUUUAAACGGCUGUUUAAGAACUCAUCGCCACUCAUUUUUUUCCCUUAUUAAUAACUAUACUUGGCAUUAAGCAUUAUACUGGGCAUUUUCAAUAAUUAUUUAUUCUCAAAAUGUUGUUCAUGUUAUUUAAGGAUUAUACUGGGCAUUUGCAAUAAUUAUUUAUUCUCAAAAUGUUGUUUAUGUUAUUUAAGACAUGUAAUAUAAAUAAACACAAAUGUUAUGUGAACUUGAA